CCAGGGAAGUCGCUGUCCUCACCUUUUAGGAGCCCGCGCCUCGGUUCCAGCGGACGCUUCCCCUGAUCUCGGCUCUACCACCAUCCCCUGCCGUCUUACCGCCCACCAUGGCCCUCCUGCACUCCAGCCGCAUCCUCUCCGGGAUGGCUGCUGCCUUUCACCCAGGCCUAGCUGCUGCAGCCUCUUCCAGAGCCAGCUCCUGGUGGACCCAUGUGGAAAUGGGACCUCCAGAUCCCAUCCUGGGAGUUACCGAAGCCUUCAAGAGAGAUACCAACAGCAAGAAGAUGAACCUGGGAGUGGGUGCCUACCGGGAUGAUAACGGAAAGCCUUAUGUGCUCCCCAGUGUCCGCAAGGCAGAGGCCCAGAUUGCUGCAAAAAAUUUGGACAAAGAAUACCUGCCCAUUGGGGGACUGGCUGAAUUCUGUAAGGCUUCUGCAGAACUGGCCCUGGGCGAGAACAACGAAGUGUUGAAAAGCGGCCGGUUCGUCACUGUGCAGACCAUUUCCGGGACUGGAGCCUUAAGGGUCGGAGCCAGUUUUCUGCAAAGGUUUUUUAAGUUCAGCCGAGAUGUCUUUCUGCCCAAACCAUCCUGGGGGAAUCACACGCCCAUCUUCAGGGAUGCCGGCAUGCAGCUCCAAGGUUAUCGCUACUAUGACCCCAAGACCUGCGGCUUUGACUUCUCUGGAGCCCUAGAAGACAUAUCAAAAAUCCCAGAGCAGAGUGUUCUCCUCCUGCAUGCCUGCGCUCACAACCCCACCGGCGUGGACCCGCGUCCAGAGCAGUGGAAGGAGAUAGCAUCCGUGGUGAAGAAAAAGAAUCUCUUUGCAUUCUUUGACAUGGCCUACCAAGGCUUUGCCAGCGGUGAUGGUGAUAAGGAUGCCUGGGCCGUGCGGCACUUCAUCGAGCAGGGCAUCAAUGUCUGCCUCUGCCAAUCAUAUGCCAAGAACAUGGGCAUGUAUGGUGAGCGGGUGGGAGCCUUCACUGUGGUCUGCAAAGAUGCAGAAGAAGCCAAAAGGGUGGAGUCACAGCUGAAGAUCCUGAUCCGUCCCCUGUAUUCCAACCCACCUCUCAAUGGGGCCCGGAUCGCAGCAACCAUCCUGACUUCUCCAGACUUGCGGAAGCAAUGGUUGCAAGAGGUGAAAGGCAUGGCUGACCGCAUCAUCAGCAUGAGGACCCAGCUGGUCUCCAACCUGAAGAAAGAGGGCUCUUCCCACAACUGGCAGCAUAUCCCCACCGGAAGUGGUUGUCUAGCUCUUUUCUUUCUGCAGGUGGAGCGGCUGACCAAGGAGUUCUCGGUCUACAUGACAAAGGAUGGCAGAAUCUCCGUGGCAGGGGUCACCUCUGGCAAUGUGGGCUACCUUGCCCAUGCUAUUCACCAGGUCACCAAGUAAUUCCCAGGUGCGGAGGAACAGAGACCACUUUCCCGACAGCCUCUGUGCUCGUGAGCGUCACGUGCAGGGGGAGGGAGGGUGGGUGGUGGUGAGUAGAUCCCGCUUCCAACCACGGUGCAUAACCCAGCGACUGAACUCAGUCCUCGGAAAAGAGGUAGGGCGGAGGCGUCCACGGCUGGGGUCUGGAACUUCGUCGGCUCUAAACCAAACUCGCUCAUCCUUUUGUCUCCAGCUUUUCUGAAAGUUUACACACGCAAGGAAAAUCACAGCACCAAACACCUGUCAGCCAUGGCACUGGAAUAAUAGGUCAGAAGCUUUACCUGAAGCCUCAGGAGGUAUCAGGGGCUCCCUCGUGGACCCCGAUAGAGCCUCUCAUGUUAGAGGCUUGUAAGAGAAAAAAUAACUAGUUCUGUCAUUAACAGUUGUCCUCAAG